AAUGGGUAUUGUCAAUAACAGAGAUGUAAGUUUCUUUAAAAAUGGAUAACCAUUGUUUGUUAAUCCAAAUACUUAUAUCAAAAACAACCUAUAACCUAAUGAUUAAAUUACAACAGUAAAUGGAUAACAAAAUAUGGUUAAUCAACCUUAUCGAUAACCAGCUAACACUACUCCAACAUUACCAUAAAAUUUAUAAAAUCAAUCCAAUCCGUAAUUCAAUUAAUAAUUCAAUCCAUAAAUCAGGGCCACAAAUAUAGUAACAAAUUAAGAAUAAACACAAUUUAAGAAUGGAAUGUUAUUUGGAAUAAACCCUUAAUUUGGUUAAUAAUAAAAUUUUUCUUAAAUUAUAUAACCAUCAUAAUUUACAAAUCCAAAACCAUAGUAAUAAGUAUUCUAAUAAACUAUUCCUCAAUCAUAAACAAUUUCACCAAAUAUAAAUUUAUUAGGCUAAAAAGCUCCUCAAAUUUAUAAAUAAGAUGAUGAUAUUUUCGCAUCAUAAAAUUAAUAAUAAAAUCAUUAGGAAGAAGUAGAUAUUUUUGCAACAGAAUUUUAAUUUUCAAAUUAUGAUGAAUAAAGAUUAAAUUAUUUGAAAAACAAAAAUAUUAGUCCAGGAGAUAAAUAGUAAUUAAAGUAUUUAUUUUAGGCUUAAAUUUGAGAGGGAUAAUUAUAUUUUUACUAUAGACAAUUUUGGAGAUGAACUAAUUAUUCAAAAAAAUGAUUAAUCAUUUUAUUUGAAAUUAAAUAGUUCAUUUUAAAUGAAAUAAAAAAGAUAAAUAGAUAUUCAAAGUAAGGAUUUGUUUGAAAAAAAUUUAAUUUUCUAUCUUAAUUAUACUAGAGUGGCAUGGAUUCAACAUUAGGAUAUAUUGGCUGUGUAAUUUAACAACGGCAACAAAAUAUAUUUGAAAUUAUUUAUGGAAUGAUUUCAAAAUUUAAAAUUAUAAUAAAUUAAUUAUACCUAAAAAAUUUUAAAUCCAUAAUUUAUAAUAAAAAUGAGUAUUUGUAAAAAAAUGCUUCUUUAAUAUUGGUAAGGGAUGAUUAUAAAGUUUUAGUGUUAGAAAGAAGCAAAGAAAUCUCAUUUGGAGGAUCAUAUGUAUUUCCAGGAGGGAUUCUAGAAGAAGUAGAUGAUAAAAUAGCUUAAUUCGAUUCAUAAUUAAUUGAGCAAAAUCAUUAAAAAUAUUAUUGUCAUUAAACUCAAGGAUGGUAUGAUUCAUUUUUGAUCGCUGCUAUAAGAGAAACUAUUGAAGAAACUAAUAUAUAAUUAGAUUAUAAAUAAUUAUACUAAAAAAUCAAACCAUUCCUAAGAAUAAUCACACCUCAAAUGAUAUAAAAAAGAUAUGACGCUUAGUUUUUUUUUAAUUUAAAUAAUUAUGAUACCUUAGACAUCAAUAAAAUUGAGAGUACAAGUUAUGAAUGGAAUACUCCUAUUGGAUUUUUAGAAAAAUUUAUUAAAAAUUAAAUAUAAUUUUAAUCACCAAUAUUCUUAUAAUUAUUAAUACUUUAAUAAUUAGGAAGCUAUUAAAAUAUAGUUAAUUAUAUUGAUUCAGGAGAUUAAUAUAAACAUACAUAUCCUCAUGUUUUCUAAUUUAGUAAGUAUAUAUAUUAGUUUUUAUUAGGUAAUAAAUACGUUUUUAAUUAUCCUGAUCAAAAUUAUAAUUUAUAAGAGUUAAUGGAAACAGAAUAAACAGAUUAUUUAAAAAGUGAAUUUAGUGUUAAAUAUAAUCAUAUAGAAAGAUCAGAUUUUAGAUUUGAAUUAGAAGGAAAUUAAAAAAAAUUAACUGGACAUAUAGGAAAAUUUAUGAAUUCACCUUUAGCAUUAUUAUAUGGUUAAAUUAUUAAUGAUAGCUAAUUUAUGAGAUUAAAUAUUAAAGAAAUUAAUUAAUGA